CACCAACAUAACCAAAGGGAUUAUUUUAAUUUACAAAUCAUGAUAACCUAUCAUUGAUGUACCAAAAUGUCAGGCAAGACAGCUGCAGUUCUUUGUGGCAUAUUUGCUCUUUUUGUAUUUAUUCAGGCUCACGGGCAGACCAAGGUUGAUCAUGGGAAAAGCGCAGAGUCGCGAGGAUACGUUAAUGUGAAUGGGACCGUGUACUACAUCGACACAUUCACCGUCCACAGAGAUGAAGCGAAGGUAGAAUGCGAGGCUAGGAACAUGUCAUUGAUUUCCUUCCAUCAAACACCAGAAAAGUUUGACUACACUGUUAGUUGGCUCUUCACUUACGGUUAUGAAUGGGAUUGGAUGUGGACCGGAGCACUGAAAGAGGUGAACUCUUCCGUUUGGAUUUGGGAACCUACGGGCGAGGAAUUCUCCUACUUCCGAUGGGGUCCGGACCAACCAUCAGUGAACGACGAUUCGAUUAGAACGUGCAUGGAUUUUAACUCCAGGUCUGCUGGAUGGGAUGAUGACGAUUGCGAGCAAUAUUUAUUGGGAUUCAUUUGUGAAUGAAAGGAUUUCAAUAAAAAAAGUUCGUUUAACUGAAAAAAAUCGUAAUAAAUCAAAAUCUA